UCGAUCCCCAGACCGAGUCAGAUCGGCAAACGGUUAGCGGACAAUAGCAGACGCGUGCCACGAGACAAAAUACCGGGAGCCAAAUAUACACCAACGCUAUUAAUCCGAUUUUAAUCAAUUUGCAUACAUACUCCGACUUAAAAGUAAAAUAUUGCAAGAAAAUAAACUGGUUUAAAAUUGACAAGCCCAUCAUCUGACGCUGCAGCUACUAUUGAUCAUCUUUCGAGUCCACGCGAUUCACGCAAAAUAGAAACCUUUCAGUCGUCCCGAUCAUAGAUUCGUUUGCUUGUUUGCCAUUUUUCCUCGUUAUCGUUUAUUCUCGCUACACAUUCUGCAGCAAUUAACGACGAGAGAGAUACCGGUAGCAAGCAUCUAAAACGUGAAACAGUGUGAAAGUCAUCUUCGAUCCUUCGAUAUUUUUUAUCGGAGAUACAGACACCAAGUGCCGUUGACGUGUGAAAUUUCGUAGAGAGGAAAAAGGAAAUCGUACAGGAAGGAAAAUGCCUGCCCUAGCGUUCAGCACGACAACCUACUUCCUCAUCACCAUCACCAUGGUCGCUGUGAUCCUGGUAUUCUUAGACUACCUGCGAUCCCGAAAACCCGUGAAGGGCAUCGUGGACAUGGAAACGCCGCUGCUUCCCGAGCCACCAGGACCAAAACCCUGGCCGAUCCUGGGCUCCCUCCACAUUCUUGGACGCUACGACGUGCCCUACAAGGCGUUCGCCGAUCUGGCGAGGAUCUACGAUAGCCAAAUAAUAAAACUAAGGAUGGGAUCGGUUCCUUGCGUCGUGGUGAACGGCCUGGAGAACAUCAAGGAAGUCCUGAUCGCUAAGGGUGCGCAGUUCGACUCGAGACCAAACUUCGCUAGAUACCACCAGCUAUUCUGCGGGGACAAGGAGAACUCGCUUGCCUUCUGCGACUGGUCCGAGGUCCAGAAGUCCCGGAGGGAGACCCUCAGGGCGCACACCUUCCCCAGGGCGUUCACUGCCAAGUACGACCAGCUUAACUCCAUCAUCGGACAGGAGGUUGAGUGCUUGGUCAAGUACCUGAACAUCGAGAGCUCCCGGGGUUCCGGCGCUGUGGCCGCGAAGCCGCUGAUCCUCCACACCUGCGCCAACAUAUUUACCAACUACUUUUGCUCGAAGAGAUUCGACCUGGACCAUUCGGAAUUCCGCGGGAUGAUAGAGAACUUCGACAAAGUGUUUUACGAGGUAAACCAGGGAUAUGCGGCCGACUUCAUGCCCUUCCUGAUGCCCCUGCACCAGCGAAAUAUGGCCAGAAUGGCCAACUGGAGUCACAAGAUCAGGCACUUCGUCGAGAGCAAGGUGAUCGAGGACAGGCUUGAGUCAUGGACCGAUUUUGUGCCGGAAAACGACUACGUCGACUGCCUCGUUAACCACGUGAGGUCCUUCGCCGAGCCCAAGAUGUCCUGGGACACAGCGUUAUUCGCCCUCGAGGACAUCGUCGGCGGACAUUCGGCCGUUGGUAAUCUCCUCGUAAAGGUACUCGGCUACCUCGUAGCCAAUCCCCAAGUCCAGCUGAGGGCACAGGCCGAGAUCGACGCCGUAGCUGCCGUGGAUGGAUGCCAAUCGGUUGGACUUGAGCAUCGUGGUUCCAUGCCGUACACCGAGUCCAUAGUCCUGGAGGCGAUCAGGCUGAUCACUAGUCCGAUAGUGCCUCACGUUGCGAACCAGGAGAGCUCAGUAGCCGGGUACAGAGUCGAGAAGGGUUCGCUGAUAUUCCUCAACAAUUAUGACCUCAACAUGUCCCCCGAGCUCUGGAGCGAACCGACCGAGUUCAAACCCGAGAGGUUCGUCGUGAGUGGCAGGAUAUGCAAGCCUGAGCACUUUCUCCCGUUCGGCGGUGGCAGGAGAUCAUGUAUGGGUUACAAGAUGGUACAGUAUCUCAGUUUUUCGAUAUUAGCAACGGUAUUGAAAAACUUUACCAUACUGCCGGUCGGCGGUGAGGUGUACAAGGUGCCCAUCGGCAACCUAGCCUUACCCGAGAACUCUUUCAGCUUCCGUUUCCAGCGGAGAUAACUUUUACUGGAUUGUUUCUUUACACUACCCGAGAUACCGGGGAAUGACAGGAUUGAUUAGAGAAAAGUUAUAUCACCGGAAUUAGAUCACCCCUACACUCGUUUAGGUUUCAAGCUUUACUGACAUUAUUAGUCAUUCAAGAAUACAUAUUCGUAUCUGUCUAAACGAAAUAUAUACAUAUACAUAUAUAUAUAUAUAUAUAAUAUAUAAUACAUACAUAUUAGAUCUACAGUAUGUGUAUACGAUAUGUAUACUUGACGAGGUAGAACGGUAGCGUUAUUCUCAAAUGGAAGGAACAAAAAAAAAACCCUCUCGUUUUGUACGUAUACAAAUUGUCGAUACAGUUUGUACUCUGUUAUAUUAUCAAUCAUUUUGCGGUGUCCUCGAGGGCAAAAUUGUAAAACGUUGAAAGAUGUUUUCCGUUUAUUAGAGUUGCAAUUUCCGAUUAUGUGUAAAGUUUUAUUCUAGCAAAGGUUUCUGUUUCUCUCUCUCUGUGUCUCUCUCUCUCUCUCUCUCUGUCUCUUUCUAUUUAGGUUUAUUAAAAAAAUAAACAAUAUACAUGGUCACCCAAUUAUUCGAUCGGCGAUUUUCAUUAUUGUAUAUAAUACACUUGAACCACAA